AUGUACACGGCUUUCCAGGUGGACGAACAUACGUUCAAGGUGUGUUCUAUCAUGGGCAUGUCGGAUUCAGAACCUGAAGACCCGGACAAGGGAAGGAACUACUUUGUGAAGGCAUCGAUAAGCGAAGGCGAAUACUACUGCCAAUGCUGCAAAUUUGAAAGGGACGGGAUUGUGUGCUGUCACAUACUAGAAGUAAUGGACAUGAACGCGGUGACACGAAUGCCCCGCCAUUUCAUAAGGCGGCGAUGGACUUGGGACGCUGACGACGCAUUGGCGCCGCAAACAUCAAACGCAGUUUUGGCUGUGCAUGACGAGAGACCAGAGUCAACCAUGGAAGCCGUGAGGCACGUUGUGUUGACAAAGAACUAUGUUGAACUAAUUGAUGAAGCGUGCAAGAGUGAUGAGACAGCGAGGGUCGCCGAAAAACACAGGAAGGCCCUCAAAAGAGAGCUUGAUGAGAUCAAGAAGAGGAAAGCUGAGGAAGCCUUACACAGGUUCCCCCGCACAUCAAGUGUGCCUUCAUCCAUGGGGCCAUCAUCUGAAAACUCGGAGGUAGGAUCUGUAACAGCAAGCACACAAACUCAGGUUAGGAACCCGCCCCGUUCCAUCACAAAAGGGCGUCCAAAAGAGAUAAGAUACAAAUCGGGAUUGGAGAUUCAAGCAAAACACAAGAAACCAAAGAAAGGGACGGGCAAUCCAUAA